CAGCCAAGAGAGGAACAUGAGGCUUUCCGGCAACUGCUCGCAGUCAGGAAAUUGCCCUGUGAGGAAAAUUGUGGUUUCUUUAAACUGCUGUCUGCGUACCCACUGCUAGCUAAUAUAAUAUUUCAGUUUGGACACGCUUAUUUAAAAUGCAGAGUGAGAAGCAGGAUCCAGUAAAUUACUAUGUUGGGAUUGAUGUUGGAACAGCAAGUGUUCGUGCAGCUUUGGUAGACCAAUUUGGGACAAUAGUGGCACAUGCGGAUCAGUCAAUCCAAAUUUGGGAACCCAAACCAGACCACUAUGAGCAAUCCUCGGAUGACAUCUGGGCUGCUUGUUGCACAGUCACAAAGAAAGUCAUCCAAGGAGUAGAUGUUGCCUGGAUUCGAGGGCUCGGUUUUGAUGCUACGUGUUCACUUGUUGUUGUGGAUAAGCAGUUUCAGCCCUUGGCAGUUAAUUAUGAAGGAGAAUGUAAAAGAAACAUCAUUCUCUGGAUGGACCAUCGUGCAGCCAGUCAAGUGGACAGAAUCAAUGGAACUCAACACAGUGUUUUGAGCUAUGUUGGGGGAGUGAUGUCUGUAGAAAUGCAGCCACCUAAAUUGCUGUGGAUGAAAGAAAACUUGAGAGAGUCUUGCUGGGAAAAGGCAGGCUACUUCUUUGAUCUUCCAGAUUUCUUAUCAUGGAAAGCAACAGGUGUCACUGCCAGGUCUCUCUGUCCAUUGGUGUGCAAGUGGACAUAUUCCCCAGACAAGGGCUGGGAUGAUAGUUUCUGGAAGGUGAUUGGUUUAGAAGAUUUGGUGGCAGAUAAGUAUGAAAAAAUUGGAAACCAAGUCCUGUCUCCUGGAGCUUCUGUUGGAAAUGGCCUAAUGCCAGAGGCUGCAAAAGACCUUGGUCUUGCUGAAGGGACUGCAGUAGCAGCAUCUCUCAUUGAUGCACAUGCUGGAGGACUAGGAGUGAUUGGAGCAGAUGUGAAAGGACAUAACCUGCCCUGUGAAAAUCAGCCAGUUACAUACCGGCUUGCUGUGAUCUGUGGAACAUCUUCCUGUCACAUGGGGAUAAGUGAUGCUCCCAUUUUUGUGCCUGGUGUUUGGGGUCCCUAUUACUCAGCCAUGGUGCCUGGAUUCUGGUUGAACGAGGGAGGCCAAAGUGCUACAGGAAAACUGAUAGAUCAUGUAGUCCGAGGCCACGUUGCCUUUCCAGAGUUACAAGCAAAAGCCGCAGCCAGUGCUCAAAAUAUAUAUACAUACUUGAACAGUCACCUGGAUCUGAUUAAGAAAUCUUUGCCUGUGGGUUUCCUCACUGUUGAUUUACACGUUUGGCCAGAUUUCCAUGGUAACCGAUCUCCCUUAGCAGAUCUGACACUGAAGGGCAUGGUUGUUGGAUUGACAUUGUAUCAGGGCCUUGAUGAACUCGCUCUUAUCUACUUGGCCACAAUUCAAGCCAUUGCUUUGGGAACAAGACAUAUUUUGGAAACCAUGCAGUCUGCCGGGCAUCACAUCAGCACACUGUUUCUGUGUGGAGGGUUGAGCAAGAACCCUCUCUUUGUGGAGAUGCAUGCUGACAUUACUGGCAAGCCCAUUGUCCUGUCCAAAGAGGUGGAGUCCUGUUUUAGUUGGUGCUGCUAUUCUGGAGCUUGUGCUUCUGGAGAUUUGCUUCAGUACAGAAUGGCUGGAUUCAGUUCUACAAUCUUUGGAAUGUGCAUGAUGUAUUCUCCUUACCCAGCAGCACCUGUAAAGCUCCUCGUGCUGCAUUUCUGAAUACAAGCCGAGCCUUUCCCCAUGUAAAUAACAUAAACGGGUCAGCACUGCGGGCUGCCCUGUAAGCAAGGGGGAACUUGUCCAAUAGACAAUCAGGGCGAGCAAAGAUGAAAGGGAAGCAGAUCAGUGACAUGCAGAAACAGAGAGACAACAGCCUUGCCACAGCGCAAAGGCACAUCACAAACCUGCAGCCUUCCAGAUUCCGAGGAGCCCUUGUCAGUGAGAGGAAGGAGGUGGCAAGAGAAUUAACAGUAGGAAUAAGGGUGUAUCCCAUUGAGGAGAACUUGCUUCCUUAAUAGAAAAGCCUGAGAAGGAGGUCAGAAGAGGCUCUACAUAACUCUCUGACUGUGUCAUACUUGCUCCCCUUUGCACCACCAGCUUUGAGGUGCUAUGUGGCUGCAUCUCCCUUAAGCAUUAUGU